UCGUAGUAAACAAACUCGAUGUAAACAAACGUAAAAUCCCUUGAAUCUCACACAGUUACUCCUUUUCCCCCGCACAAAAUUCCUGGACGCCCCGGAAACAAGGGACACAAGCUAGAAAUAAGGGAAAACGAGGGAAAUAAGUCGUCCAUGAGCCGUGAAGCGUAACCGGGGGGUCAUAAUCAGGGCAGCAUGAAGAAGCGGCGGCGGCGAUCCUCGGGUGCACUGGAGCAGAACAGACUCACCAGACUCACUUACUCACUCGUCUUUUACACUCCUUCCUCCUCUUCCAAGACGUUUGCCGAGGAUUUACAAGCUCCAGAGGGAAGUCGCUUUGAAGGAAUUCCAAGAUGAGUGGACAGUCUCUCACACUUCCUACAGAUGCCGAGAUUCAUGACAGCAUCACCAACAUAGCAAUAUGGCUGGAGACACAUAGUCAUGCAGGGCCACAACAGACACCUGAGGAGAUAACAGCCCUUGACCUGGCAGUAGCUGUACCAGGAGAGUGCUUCUUCCCUGAGCUAUGUGCGGAAAAUGAAGAGGCAUCCCACGAAGAAGAGAAGGGAAUCCUCGUGUACACGGACAGUAGUGAAGAUAAGUACAUAUGGCUCAUGGGCGACUGGCAUCCGUUGGAGAGAGUUCUGAACAUCACAUCCUCGAAGGCAGGAUGGGUGCGGACAACCUGCUUAGGAGAGCGGUUGCUUGUGCUGGUGCUAACGCAGCUAGACUACACAGCACGAGAAGCUGAAGCAGAAGUGCCUUAUGGCUGCUGCCCCUUGAGUGACCCGACAUACCUCCUUUGGCAUGAUCAUAGGCCGUCUGGCAUGUGCUCUAUCAAACGGAAAGGCACAAGCAUAUGGGGUGGAGAGGACGUGUACGCAUGCGACACCCUGGACACCAUGUACGUCCGUGAAUGUGCUCGGAGGCAGGGUCACUCGCUGGAACUUCUGCGCACCUUGACAUCGGAGAUCCCACCUGGCGAGCACCUGGGACUCUCUCAUCCAGUGUCCCUCAGCAUGUGCAAAGUACUGCUGAAGUUCAUCCAGGUGUACCCAGAGCUGCGAGACACAUUAUGGACACUGGAUGAAGAUGGGGAAGUGUCUGGCACAGUGACCCUCAUGUUAGGUUCUCUGAUGAUGCGUGGGGCACUGCAUGGGGCCGGGGCUCUCUCACAGCCCCCUGUACCUAUGGAAGAGGCCCAACAGCCAAUGGAGCAAGCAGACCAACCCAUGGAACAGUCCAACACUCAGCAGGAGCAGCAGCAGGCCUCUCAGCAGAAAUCUGAGGCUGAUCAGCAGCAGGAGUCUGAACCAUGUGAUACAUCUUAGAAGACAGCUGACUCCUGCUUAAAAUGUUGGUGGAAGGUUUUUCAAAAAACAACAUUGGACUAGCUAUUAUUUAUUCAAUUUUAAAAGUUUAGAAGCAAUGAGUUAAAUAUUUAUACAUGAUAGGAUUUAAAAGAUGUUGAAAAUUUUAUAAAAGAGUCUUUCAGAAACAUUCUUAGAGGAAAAUAUAUCAGACUUUUUAUAAUGCAUUUGAGUUCUUUAACACAAUAAGUCAUUUGAAUGAAAGAAAUGUAUGCAUUGGCAAUAGAGAGGAAGAGAAAAAAUGUAUGUUAGUAUACACCAUUCCUUGAUAUCAUUUGCAUGGUAAUAGAAUGUAAUAGUAUGCAUGCAUGAGUUUACACAGAUGGUGUGCAGUGGUGUAGAUGUACACGACAUGAGCUGGCCUAUGGAAAAGCUAAGGUAACUACUUUAUGGACAUUCUCCUUUUAUAAAGUUUAGAAGCAGGAGCCAAAGAAAUUGCUAAUAGGAGUGUUGGUUUGGCAAGAGUGAGUUUAUUCUUGGUUUGGCAUUGUCAUCUUGUUUCAGCUCAGGGUGUCACCUACACCAUUGAACCUAUUUUCUUUUGGGGUCUAAUUGUAUUUAUGUGACUUAGGGAUUUGGAUGGUUUGGGAAGGUUCAGCAAUAAUGUAUAUCAUGAACUAUUUCAUUUAAUUCAUAAAUAUUUUAUUUUUAAAAAGAAGGUUUGGAUUUCACAUCCUCCUAAUUGUGGGGUGAAAUGAAGUCUUUGUAUGUGAGAACGAUGUUCCCAGAAGGCUGCUUAGAGUUACUCAGGGUAGAUAUGGCUGAUAUAGGUCAUGGUACAAAUUGCAAAUUGUCUUUUGUUAUCAUUUCUUCCUUUUUUCACUUCUCUCUGUUUUCACCCUUUUUUCAUUAUAAACAGGGUGGUCAUUCUGACCAUGGUACAAAUUUGCAAUAAAUUGCUUAAUUAUGAAAGUUAAUUGCUUUAUACAUUUGCUUUGUUCAUGUUAAUUAUCUUGUUGUUACUUUUUAAAACAAAUGAUUCUAAAGUUAAUUGCAAUGACAUCAGCUGGUGAUAAAAUGUGUGAUUUUAGGAAAGCUGGGAACAGCAUGGUUGUACUUGAGGAUUAGGGUGAUGGGCAUCUUCUUUAGGUGUUACAAGUCAUAUAUUUAUAGGCAGAAUUGCAUGAUUAUUUAUUAGACUAGGCUGUACGGGAGUAUGGUGUCUCCUGAGGGGGCCGUCAUUGGUGUCUGGCAAGGGUUUUAGAAAGGUAUAUCAAGGUGACUAUAUGAUAUUUGGGGAUUUGGUAACCAGUCUUAUAUCCAUACAUAAUGGAAAGUCCAAGGAGUAUGCAAAUGGUAGUCAUGUUAUUUUGUGGUCAAGAGUGUUAAUGCACCAAAUAUUUUUACUUCAUGGAAUUACUGUUAGUGCCUGAUUUAUAAAGCAGUGAGAUCAUUAUAUUGCAAAAAAAAUGAAGGAUAUAAGGACAUUUUUUUUUUUUUUUAGAUAUUUGGUGUCAGCUAUUUAUUAUUACUUGUUUUUGUCAAGAAAAACAUAUGGGCAAUUAAUAUUAAGGCCAUUAUAUAAUGCAGCCAGGAUAAAGAGAUGGGAAUUUUUAAAGAUAUAACAGAGGGUCAUACUACAUGUCCAUAUUCAAAACAGGUUGAAAACUUCAGUGAAAUAUAGCUUAAUGGUUGUGACUAUUUUUAAGGAUCAUUAAAAAGGCAUAUAUAGAAAAAUAGAAAAAAUAGCAAUUUGUGGGACAUGUAUAGGUGCUAAUUUCCUUUGAAAUGCGGCCUUUAAUCUAGGUGCUGAAAUCUUAAUAAAUCUAUUUCAAUGAGCUUGUGUCCUUCUGCCAUGUGUCAGUCCAACAAAUCUGCAUUUGUUCUUUUAUUUUCAUGUGUUUAUUAAUUCUUUUGUUUUGUUGAACUUAUUUGUUUAUUUCUAUUCCAUUAUUUUUGUUGUUGUUGCGGAUAUGCCUGAACCCACUCUGAAUUUUUUUUAAAUUUUUAGCCUAAAUUUUUAUAUAAAUGAAGUAAUGAUCCACUUUUCUUAACAGAUCAAGAAGAAGAUAUAUGAAUGUAUACUUAUGCAGAUUUAUUGAGAUGUACAACCCAGAAGAUUAGUUAGCAUUUUUGUUAAGUGCUCCAACACUUGCGUUUCAGUACGUCUGAACCGAGUUAGCAGCACAGUAGAUUGUUGAAGAAAAGCUCCUGUAGUUUGGGCAUGAUGUAGACUGGUUAGAUGCAGUUUAUAUAUUGGGUUUAUAUGUGUGAUUUAGAUUUGUAGUUAUUGUAGUACCAUUCACUUCAUUGUGAUAAUGGGAAAAAAAACAUUAAUUUAUUGAGAUGAGAGCAACGUACUGUAUACUUUUGUUUCAGCUGGUCAAUAUAUUGUUUUAGAUAUGAAUAUUUGAUAAUGGUGUAAUGGUAGAAUUCAAACCACAAUGUGAAAGGCAUGGGAACUGUAUCAGUUCUUGGAUUAAGAAAUGAAAUACUUGGAAGGUUUGACUGUUAUAUGAUUAUUGUCUUCCAUAAUUGGCUUCUGUUUGGCUCUUGCAUGUUAGUAUGUAAUGGAGAAUUCUACUAUGUUAUCCCAUUUAGAUUUUAGAUAUUUAGAGGUUUAUAUUAUUUAUAGUAAUUAUGAAAGCAAAGCAUGUAUUGUUAUUGCAUAACUAAACAAACAAGCUGUCUGAAGAGGAAAAAAUUUAUUUAGUUUUUAGUAGCACUGAAAAUCAUCAGGUGCAUUUGCUGUUACAAUUUAAAAUUCAUAGGAGCAUAAAUGUGUAAAUUUGAUUUUAAAUGAAUCAUUGGAAGGACAGAGAAGCCUCACAUUGACAGGUCAAACGUUAAAAAGAAAUCAGUAACACAUUAGUGAACAGAAGAACAAUCAGCUAUUAAAUAAUGCUAACUGUCAUGGUUCCUAUUUUGUGUACUUCUGUAUCAGCAUCAUUAUUCAUGAAGAAGGUCACUGGAAUGUCUAAUAGCCAGUUUAUAUGAGAAUAUACAAAUAAUAACUAAAAGACUAAAGGAAUUUAUUGUAUUUAUUUGGAACAGCUGAAGUGGUCUCAUUACCAUCCAGUUUGCCUGUAUUGUGAUACCAAAACUUCAGGCAGUGUUUGGUUGAAUAAAAAGAAACGAAAGAACAAAAAAAAAAAUAAUAAUAAUGUAAUAUUUGCACAAUUUUCAGUAACAAGCCAAUGUCAGUUGUAAAAAGAGCCAAUAUUAGUGUGUUGUCACAAAAGUAUGAUUAAGACAUACCUUGUUGCUGUGUUCGACCACUUAUCAGGCCAAGGAUCAUAAGUGGUUAGAGUAUAGGCCUAAUUCAAGCACAUGUUAACAACCUUAUUUGAUGCAAGAUGUUUUUUCAAAUGGUUGUUAAAUAUCAAAACUGUGCCGAGAUGGUGACAAUCAUAUUGUAAAGAUUAUCAUGUGUUGUUAUUUAUUUGUCUGUAGGGGUGUUUAUCUUGGGUUUGUAACCUGUAGGUUCUUAUUUCAGAAAUGAUUAACUUUGUUAAGAGUUAUCUUCAUUUGUGGCAACUAGAAAUAAACAAGAAAUGAAAAUUAAAAGGUAUUGCUAAAAAUGGUUUCCAAGAUUGGCCCCCUUUCUAGCAUUACCAAUAUGUUAGAUUGGUGAAUUUACUGUUUCACUGAAAAUGUAAAAUUAUAUACUUCAAGCUGAGAUAUCUAGUUACAUAGACAUAUCCCGAAAAAUGAUCUUGUUAAUGGUAAAGUAGAAGAAAAGUGCAGAAAAAAGUAAGGUUCAGCAUCUUAUUUGCAAGCCAUGAGUGAACUUUCUUCCUCUUUCUUUCUUUCUAUCUCUCUCCAUCCCUUCUUUCUUCUAGCCUGCUAUACCACCUUCCCUUGCCAUUCUUCUUUUUCUACCCAUUCUCGCUUUUGAUUUCUCAAUAUGGCAAAAAUUAUCAGGACUUGAUUUCAAAGAAAAAGAAAAGUUUAAAUAGGAGAUCAAUUUGAUCCACAAAUGGGUGUUUCCUCCAUGAGUUCCACAGGUUCUUUUGAUGAUGCAAUACAGUACAUUACCGUCAUUGAAACUCAUUUUCCCUCUUGGGUGCCAAUAUCAGUUACAGGUACGUUAUUUUAUUUAAAAGUCUGCCAUAUUUUAUUUUUAUCUGAUCAGUCUCUUUUUAUGUGACAAGUAGGAUAAAUUGCAAGUAGUUAUAAUUUUGCUUAUACAUUUUUUACUGCUUGAUCUUACUUGCACUUCUCAAACGAAGUGAUUUUACCCGAUGCUGCUUAUACGUUUAUAUAUAUAUAUACAUAUCGUUGAGGUUUUUAAUAGUGACUUGAAAAAUGGCUUCUUAAUUGUGUUGGUAAAUUUCAAUGCAGGCUUUUUUUUUUCUUUUUCUUUUUCCUUUUUUUAUUAUUAUUGUUUUUUUUUGUAGUUAGAAAGUUAGGUUUACUUUUCCGUCUUGCUGGAAGUUGUUCCACAAGUGCGGUGACUUUGCUUUGCGAAUAUUUACUUUGUAAGCUGAAUUAUUGAGUUACCAAUACAUGAUAUGAAACAUAA